AUGACGGCCCUCGCCCCCUCCGCAACCCCCCACCAACUCUCCUUCCCCCUCCCCCACACGCACAACACAACCGUGCACAUCCACAUGACGCUCACCGCACACUCCCUCCUCCUCUUCCUGACCACGCGCACGCCCGAGACCUCCUCGCAGCCGGCGCCGCUGGGGUCCUUUAUCUAUGCGAUGCCUUCUAGAACGUCAGUGCAGCCACUAUCCACCGCCAUCUACGUGCGCGAGCAGACCCUCGAGACGGCGACACGCAUCGGCAAGAUCCUCGCGAAGCGGCUGGGGCUGCCGGUGUAUGUGGGGAACAGCAUGAGCUUUUCUGCGGCCGGGGGUGGCGGUAUGGUGGAGGAGGAGAUGGAGGGGGUGAGGAAGGUGAUCGAGUGUGUUAUGGAGGUUGCGGGGAGGGAGAAACAGAAGCAGCAGGAAGGAGAGAAGUAG